AAAGAGAAGAGCUGUGAAAACAUCCCCAUGGAGCCAGUAGUGUUUGAGAAGAUGAAGUUGGUGAGUUUUAGUAUCUCCCAGAUAUCUUCUUGGUUUGGUACGUAACCUGUUGUCUUCGGUUAUUCAUGCCAUGCUGUUUUUGUUGUUGACUCUUUCAGAAGAGAGAAAACAGCCCAAAGACACAGACCCAGUCUCCGUCUGUCUCAGACCUCCUAGGACUUGGUAUGCUAUCAGUACACCUCUCUACACAUACUCAAAUACAAAUGGCUCUCAACAGAAAUGGUCAACAUUAGCCUGGUCCCAAAUAUGUUUGUGCUCUUGCCAACUCCAUUAUUAAUUGUCAAGCUAAACAUGUUGGAAAGAGCACAAACAGCCUGAGUGGCGCAGUGGUCUAAGGCACUGCAUCGCAGUGCUAGCUGUGCCACUAGAGAUCCUGGUUUUGAAUCCAGGCUCUGUCGUAGCCGGCCGCGACCUGGAGACCCACGGGGCGGCGCACAAUUCGUCCAGGGGGGAGGGGGAGGAAUGGCCGGCAGGAAUGUAGCUCAGUUGGUAGAGCAUGGCAUUUGCAACGCCAGGGUGGGGUUCGUUUCCAGUAUAAAAAAUAAAAAUGUAGUCACUCACUAACUGUAAGUGGCUCUGGAUAAGAGCGUCUGCUAAAUGACUAAAAUGUAAAUGUAAGCAGGCUAUAGUCUUCUCUGACGCUGGUCCAAAAACACUACGUACCUUUACCUCUACAACAUACCACCUACUUACUCACAAACAGACCGCUACUCACAACAACCUCGACCUACAACAUGACCUCUACGCUACAACAUACCUCUACUCGACAACAUGACCUCUACCUACAACACCUCUACUCUACUAAACAGCCCUCUACUCUACACAUACCUUCUACUCUACAAACAUACUCUAACUCUAGCAACAUCCCUCUACUCUACCACAUACCUCUACUCUACAAACAUACCUCUACUCUACAACAUACCUCUAAACUCACACAUACCUCACUCUACAACAUAUACCUGCUACUCUACACAUACCUCUACUCUACAACAUACCUCUACCUACAACAUCCCUCUACUCUACAACAUACCUCUACUCUACAACAUACCUCUACUCUACAACAUACCUCUACUCUACAACAUACCUCUACUCUACAACAUACCUCUACUCUACAACAUACCUCUACUCUACAACAUACCUCUACUCUACAACAUACCUCUACUCUACAACAUACCUCUACUCCCUCUAUAACCCAUCAUCUCUCUCUCUCUCUCUCUCUCUCUCUCUCUCUCUCUCUCUCUCUCUCUCUCUCUCCAUCUGUCUGUCUGUCUCUCUUUCUAUCUCUCUCUCAAUUCAAUUCAAUUCAAUUCAAUUCUAAGGGCUUUAUUGGCAUGGGAAACGUAUGUUAACAUUGCCAAAGCAAGUGAAGUAGAUAGUAAACAAAAGUGAAAUAAACAAUAAAUAUUAACAGUAAACAUUACACUCAGAAGUUCCAAAAGAAUAAAGACAUUUCAAAUGUCAUAUUAUGUAUAUAUACAGUGUUGUAACGAUGUGCAAAUAGUUAAAGUACAAAUGGGAAAAUAAAUAAACAUAAAUAUGGGUUGUAUUUACAAUGGUGUUUGUUCUUCACUGGUUGCCCUUUUCUUGUGGCAACAGGUCACAAAUCUUGCAGCUGUGAUGGCACACUGUGGUUUUUCACCCAGUAGAUAAGGGAGUUUAUCAAAAUUGGGUUUGUUUUCAAAUUCUUUGUGGAUCGCUGUAAUCUGAGGGAAAUAUGUGUCUCUAAAAUGGUCAUACAUUUGGCAGGAGGUUAGGAAGUGCAGCUCAGUUUCCACCUCAUUUUGUGGGCAGUGUGCACAGAGCCUGUCUUCUCUUGAGAGCCAGGUCUGCCUACGGCGGCCUUUCUCAAUAGCAAGGCUAUGCUCACUGAGUCUGUACAUAGUCAAAGCUUUCCUUAAGUUUGGGUCAGUCACAGUGGUCAGGUAUUCUGCCACUCUGUACUCUCUGUUUAGGGCCAAAUAGCAUUCUAGUUUGCUCUGUUUUUUUGUUUGUUCUUUCCAAUGUGUCAAGUAAUUCUCUUUUUGUUUUCUCAUGAUUUGGUUGGGUCUAAUUGUGUUGCUGUCCUGGGGCUGUGUGGGGUCUGUUUGUGUUUGUGAACAGAGCCCUAGGACCAGCUUACUUAGGGGACUCUUCUCCAAGUUCAUGUCUCUGUAGGUGAUGCCUUUGUUAUGAAAUGUUUGGGAAUCACUUCCUUUUAAGUGGUUAUAGAAUUUAAUGGCUCUUUUCUGGAUUUUGAUAAUUAGCGAGUAUCGGCUUAAUUCUGCUCUGCAUGCAUUAUUUUGUGUUUUUCGUUGUACACUGAGGAUAUUUUUGCAGAAUUCUGCAUGCAGAGUCUCAAUUUCGUGUUUGUCCCAUUUUGUGAAUUCUUGGUUGGUGAGCGGAACCAAACCUCACAACCAUAAAGGGCAAUGGGUUCUAUAAAUGAUUCAAGUAUUUUUAGCCAGAUCCUAAUUGGUAUGUCGAAUUUUAUGUUCCUUUUGAUGGCAUAGAAGGCCCUUCUUGCCUUGUCUCUCAGAUCGUUCACAGCUUUGUGGAAGUUACCUGUGGCGCUGAUGUUUAGGCCGAGGUAUGUAUAGUUUUUUGUGUGCUCUAGGGCAACAGUGUCUAGAUGGAAUUUGUUUUUGUGGUCCUGGCAACUGGACCUUUUUUGGAACACCAUUAGUUUUGUCUUACUGAGAUUUACUGUCAGGGCCCAGGUCUGACAGAAUCUGUGCAGAAGAUCUAGGUGCUGCUGUAGGCCCUCCUUGGUUGGGGACAGAAGCACCAGAUCGUCAGCAAACAGAAGACAUUUGACUUCAGAUUCUAGUAGGGUGAGGCCGGGUGCUGCAGACUGUUCUAGUGCCCUUGCCAAUUCGUUGAUAUAUAUGUUGAAGAGGGUGGGGCUUAAACUGCAUCCCUGUCUCACCCCACGGCCCUGUGGAAAGAAAUGUGUGUGUUUUUUGCCAAUUUAACCGCACACUUGUUGUUUGUGUACAUGGAUUUUAUAAUGUCGUAUGUUUUUCCCCCAACCCCACUUUCCAUCAAUUUCUAUAGCAGACCCUCAUGCCAAAUUGAGUCAGAAGCUUUUUUGAAAUCAACAAAGCAUGAGAAUUCUUUGCCUUUGUUUUGGUUUGUUUGUUUGUCAAUUAGGGUGUGCAGGGUGAAUACGUGGUCGGUCGUAGGGUAAUUUGGUAAAAAGCCAAUUUGACAUUUGCUCAGUACAUUGUUUUCACUGAGGAAAUGAACUAGUCUGCUGUUAAUGAUAAUGCAGAGGAUUUUCCCAAGGUUGCUGUUGACACAUAUCCCACGGUAGUUAUUGGGGUCAAAUUUGUCUCCUUUUUUGUGGAUUGGGGUGAUCAGUCCUUGGUUCCAAAUAUUGGGGAAGAUCCCAGAGCUAAUAAUGAUGUUAAAGAGUUUAAGAAUAGCCAACUGGAAUUUGUGGUCUGUAUAUUUUAUCAUUUCAUUUAGGAUACCAUAAACACCACAGGCCUUUUUGGGUUGGAGUGUUUGUAUUUUGUCCUGUAGUUCAUUCAAUGUAAUUGGAGAAUCCAGUGGGUUCUGGUAGUCUUUAAUAGCUGAUUCUAAGAUUUGUAUUUGAUCAUGUAUAUUUUUUGGCUGUUUGUUCUUUGUUAUAGGGCCAAAAAGAUUGGAGAAGUGGUUUACCCAUACAUCUCCGUUUUGGAUAGAUAACUCUUCGUGUUGUUGUUUGUUUAGGGUUUUCCAAUUUUCCCAGAAGUGGUUAGAGUCUAUGGAUUCUUCAAUUACAUUGAGCUGAUUUAUGACGUGCUGUUCCUUCUUCUUCCGUAGUGUAUUUCUGUAUUGUUUUAGUGAUUCACCAUAGUGAAGGCGUAGGCUCAGGUUUUCUGGGUCUCUAUGUUUUUGGUUGGAUAGGUUUCUCAAUUUCUUUCUUAGGUUUUUGCAUUAUUCAUCAAACCAUUUGUCACUGUUGUUACUUUCUUUGGGUAUCUGUUAGAGAUUUUUUGAUUUGAUAGGGAAGCUGAGAGGUCAAAUAUACUGUUUAGGUUUUCUACUGCCAAGUUUACACCUUCACUAUUACAGUGGAACGUUUUGUCCAGGAAGUUGUCUAAAAGGGAUUGGAUUUGUUGUUGCCUAAUUGUUUUUUGGUAGGUUUCGACACUACUUUCCUUCCAUCUAUAGCAUUUCUUAAUAUUAUUACGUUUUUUUGGCUUUGAUGCCUCAUGAUUGAGUAUUGCUCUGUUCAAGUAGACUGUGAUUUUGCUGUGGUCUGAUAGGGUUGUCAGUGGGCUGACUGUGAACGCUCUGAGAGACUCUGGGUUGAGGUCUGUGAUAAAGUAGUCUACAGUACUACUGCCAAGAGAUGGGCUAUAGGUGUACCUACCAUAGGAGUCCCCUCGAAGCCUACCAUUGACUAUGUACAGACCCAGCAUGCCACAGAGCUGAAGGAGUUGUGACCUGUUUUUGUUGGUUAUGUUGUCGUAGUUGUGCCUAGGGGGGCAUAUGGGGGAGGGAAUGCUGUCACCUCCAGGUAGGUGUUUGUCACCCUGUGUGCUGAGGGUGUCAGGUUCUUGUCCAGUUCUGGCAUUUAGGUCGCCACAGACUAGUACAUGUCCCUGGGUCUGGAAAUGAUUGAUUUCUCCCUCCAGGAUGGAGAAGCUGUCUUCAUUAAAGGAUGAGGAUUCUAGUGGGGUGAUAUAGGUAGCACACAGGAGGACAUUUUUCUCAGUUUAGAUAAUUUCCUUUUGAAUUUCUAGCCAAAUGUAAAAUGUUCCUGUUUUGAUUCGCUCUCUCCUCUCUAUCUUUCAGAUGAUCUUGCUCCCAAUGCUGCUGUAUCUAAUGGUAGAUCCAGCCCUGGAGAGAGGGGGAGUCCUGCGGUGGCUAACCCAACUACGGUGCACUCUGGCCGGGAUCUAUUCAACUCUCUGCCUGCCUCUUCCUCCACCACCUACACCAAGACCACAGUGAGAUUCAGAGAGAGUUAUACACAGACAGACACACACAAACACACACACACACAUGCACACACACACAUGCACACACACACUUACCCUGUGUAAUAAUCUCUCCUCUCUCCAGCCGGUGGGUAGCUCCAUGCCCAGGGGUUGUGAGGCCUCGUCGGUACCCAAGAACCUCAGCCUGUUCCUGGACUCAGCACCCAGACAGGAGGGUUCUAGGAGAAAGAUGUCCAAGGACUCCAUCCUCUCCCUCUACGCCACCCCACCCACGUCGCACCAGAACCUGGCUGCACGCGGUAAGAGAAGAGGUCACUGUGUAGUUGUUCAUGUGUCGAUCAUCGUUGAUGUCCUUGGUGAUUUUCUACAAAGUCAAAGGAUCUGUGUGUUAUCAACAAUUAGAGCAUCUCUGGACCUUUUCAUCUACACCUAUUACAGCUGCUGUAAAUGAACCUAGGUUGUGUUAUUUUAAAUCAGUGGCUUAGCUGUGUUUCUUGUCUGUAUAUGUUUGUACCUCCAGCUGGCCUGUACUUGAGUAAAAAAAAAAGUGGCCACUAUCGUUUUUCCUAACUGUCUUUUACUAACUGUCAUUUUGAAUCAAGUCUAAUGAUAGUUCACGGAACAUGCCCAGCCUAUCAACUUUUACUCUAAUGAGUGGCUUAACUUUGUGUCUCCAGCUGGCCUGUACAUGAAUCCUGCCCAGCUGGGCUACUAUGGAUCGUACCAUUCCCUGGCCACACAGGGGGGAGCGAUGGGAGGAGGCAUGGUGACAUCACACUCCAUGAUGGCCCUGAGUGGUCAGCAGCAGAACGGCGUGAUGGGAGGACAGCAAAGCAUUAUGGGAGCUCAGCAGAACGGAAUGGUGGCAGCACAGCAGAACGGCUUUAUGGCUCAACAGGGUGUCAUGGGGCAAGCAGUCAACACAUCCCCGUUCAUGGCAGGAGUGCCACACAGCAUGACGGUUCACCAGAACGUCAUGAUGGGAGUUCAGCAGAACGGCCUCAUGGGAGUUCAGCAGAACGGCAUGAUGGGAGCACAGCAGAACGGCAUGAUGGGAGCUCAGCAGAACGGCAUGAUGGGAGCUCAGCAGAACACCAUGAUGGGAGCUCAGCAGAACGGCAUGAUGGGAGCUCAGCAGAACGGCAUGAUGGGAGCUCAGCAGAACGGCAUGAUGGGAGCUCAGCAGAACGGCAUGAUGGGAGUGCAACAUAACGGCAUCAUGGGAUCACAGCAACAAAGCAUCAUGGGACAUCAACCGAAAGGCAUGAUGGGAGGAGUGGCGUCCGUGCUUCAGCAGGUGUACGGAGUACAGCAGGAUCAGCAGCGACAGUGCAACAUCACUGAGGUGAGAUACACAACACCUGGAAUGUGUGUGUGUUUGCAUUCCUAUACUUGUGAGGACCGUGUGUGAGGAAAUGAGUGUGUGUUUGAGUGUGUUUCUGUGAGGCAAUAUUUUUGUGUAACUGGAUGUUUGCAUAACAUUUGAUUAAAGUAUUAAAAUCUGUGUGUGUUUGCGUGUGUGCAUGUGUGUGUGCGUGCACGUGUGUUUUUCCCACCAGAUGACCCAGCACAUGGCAGGGGUGAACUUCUACGGCACCAACGGCAUGAUGGGAUACGGCGGUCAGCACAUGGGAGGACCAAUGAUUCAAAGCUCCAACCACUUGAUGAGGUCACACGUCUGGAAGUGAUGUCACUACCUGAUGAGGAAGUUGAUUUCACUGAGCAGCAGUGGUGCUUGGAAGGUUUCGGGGACUUUUCGAAUGAACUUUUCAUCAGACAAUUUAGAUAACAUGGGAGGAGGAAGAGGAGGAAGGUGGUGAAGUUUAUAUAGGAGCUCUUUCGAGCUCUCCUCUCCUCUCCUCUCCUCUCCUCUCCUCUCCUCUCCUCUCCUCCCUCUCCUCUCCUCUCCUCUCCUCUCCUCUCCUCUCCUCUCCUCUCCUCUCCUCUCCUCUCCUCUCCUCUCCUCUCCUCUCCUCUCCUCUCCUCUCCCCUCCCCUCCCUCCUCUCCCCUCCUCUCCCCUCCUCUCCCUCCUCCCCUCCCCUCCCCUCCCCUCCCCUCCUCUCCUCUCCUCUCCUCUCCUCUCCUCUCCCCUCUCCUCCUCUCCUCUCCUCCUCUCCUUUUUUCUGAACCAUUUUUUCAGAUUUCCAUGCUUGCCUUCAGAUCAUUCUACGACCAAUCAAAGGACAUGAUGAACUCCUCCAACAGAACUAUUCCUGAUGAACUCCUCCAACUGAACUAUUCCUGA